CAAAUUUUUCAUUGGGUAUAGUAAUAAAAAGAAAUAUAUUUUUUUCUGAAUAUUCUUAGAAAAGUUGAAUGUUUUUAAUUUUGUUUUAGUUUUGUAUUUCAAUGCCUGGCAAAGGAGAAAAUGUUCCCGAUGGAUACUUUUACCAGCUGUACACAUUGUUGUAUUUCAUUUGCCGGUUCAGACGAAAUGCGGAAUGUACUAAAUAUUGCAUUGGGAAUGCAAUUAAAAAAUACGGUGCGCUAGAUGAUGUAGUACUCAAGGUGGGACCUGAUGGGAAUCAACGUAUCUACGCGUUGCAAGUCAAGCAAGCACAAACUGACAAGAAAAUUGAUAUGAAUGCCCUUACAGGGAAAGGAGAAAACAAAUUUUUCGUUUUUAAGUACUUUCAAUCAUUUUUGGAUAUAAAGGAACAUGUUCCUUUAGAAGAACUGAAGGAAAUGAUUAUAUGGACACAUAUGGAUUUUGCGGAGAAUGUGAAGCAUUUAAUAGGAAAAUAUUCACCUGGGAAUUCGGAUUUGUUGACACCAGAGGAUUACGUUUUCUCUUACGACCGUUACAGGAUUGUAGAUUUUGAACAACUAUCUUCGGAUUAUUUGAGAAAAACACACCCUUUCGAAGCACUGGUUGGUAAAUUUGUUUCAGUUUUAUUCCGGAAGGAACAAUGGAAUUCGAAUGGAGCAGCCAAAGGCUGCUAUCGAAUUAUGGCCAAAGAGGUUAUCGUUUGUAAUGGGCAUAACUCUAAGUUUCGAGACGAGUUCAUCAGAGGAGAUGAACAUUUGAGCCAGGUUACCCUUUUGUUUCGAGAGUACUUUGAAGGAGCUAUGAAAAGACAGUUCCUGAAGGACAAACUGGGAGAUUUCUCCAUGGCUCAAUUGAACAGUGAACCUUAUAGGAAACACUUUGAAUUGAAAGUGGAUGAGAAUUUUAGGGAGGGAUCGAAUAAGCAACCGAUGUGGAAAAUUGGGUACAUACCUACAGAGCAAGACUUGAAGGAUUUUUUCUCUCGUUUCGUGUUCUACCUAAAUGUUCCAAAACUCUCAACGAUGAAAGAAUUUCUAGCAAGGGAGUUGCAUGUAUCGUUUGAACAAUUUUGCAAUAUUGUCGAGAAGUACUCAAUUCAUAAAUUUAUGAAUGAGCAACAAGUUGAAAGCAUUAUUAAAUUGCUAGAGUUACGAGAGGAUAUGAAUAAAAACAUCUAUUCAGGAUUGAAAUUUGUUGAACGAGACCUGUUGGAACUACAGAACCAAAUUAGGAACACGAAAAGGUUUUUAUAUAUCGAAGCUCCACAGGAUGUAGAAUGUACUGUAUCGCGAAUACGUUCGAUCUUGGAAGGUGAUAUCGAAGCUGCUAGUAAACGGUUCGUUGUAAUUGAUUUGAGUAACAGUAUGAAGGAUUUGGAUGGCUUACUGCCCAUUAUAAAUGAUACCGGUUUGUGUGAGCAUGCCUUAAAAUUUGUAAUAAUAAUUUCUCCCAGCUUCAUUACUUCUCAAGAAGUAGUAGAAAAAUUGGUGCCAUCCGAAGUGAAAGUAGUAUUUGUAGCCAAACAGGAAUUGCCACAACAAUCGGAUGAAACAGUAGAGAAAGUCAAAGACAAAGAGGCAAAGCUAAAUGGAAAUGAAAGAUUUAAAGAUGAAUUCGAUGUCGGAUUGCUUACGCAGGCUAGCAAAAAUGAUAUAAAACUCAGGGAAAUAUCGCUAUUUGGAAUGGCAACCAUUAAGGUAGAUUCACUUUUUUCAACCGACUUGUUUAGGAAAGAAAAUUUUUGGCUAGUGCUGGGACUGUAUCGAAAUAGGAACAAUGUAACGGUUGGAGAGCGUUUAACUUCGACUGAUUUUUUUAUACGCAGAGAAAUGAAAGAUAAUCUAAACAACGCAGUAGAUUUGGUCAAUGAAAAUGGCCCAAAUCGUGUUGUGAUAUCCGAUCAAACUGGAAUGGGCAAAACCACAGAACUAAUUAAUCUAACGGUCCAGCUGAGAGAAAGGUAUCCGCGACGUUUAGUAGUUUUUCUGGACUGUUUGUCUGCAGUUAAUAGUUUUAAAACCAACUUCGUCGAGACCAUAGGUGAAGUGGUUUGCGGAUCUAACCUUUUGGGACGCCAUAUUGUUAAAGAGAUGUUUCACCAGGAAAAAGUUAUGAUAGUUUUGGAUGCAUUGGAUGAAGUUAGCGACGCAGACGACGAAAAACUGAAAAAACUAUUGAUAGGUGCUUCGCUCGUUGAUGUUAGCAAAUUGUGCAUUUCUUCUAAACCUUACCGGGAAAAGUUCAUUAUCGAUGUACUGACAGACUGUAAAAUUUGCAAACUGGAUCACUUUAGUCCGGAGAACCAACGCGAAUAUUUGAGAAAAUUCUGGAGAGUCGAAGAAAUUCAACAGAACGAAGAACGGGCCAUUAUAGAGCACAAUGUUGAAUCUAUUAUUAAUAAGUUUAGGAACAUUUUUAGGGACAAUUUCCUCCUUGGGGUGCCACUGCAAACUGCAAUGAUUGCAGAAAUUUACCAGGAAAAUAUUUGCGAAAGAGAAUUCGUGGUGCCACAAGCGUAUGAGAUUGGAGGGGUAGUCGAAAGAUUCGUUGAUGAAAAGCUCAGACGAUUUUGUUCGAAGACCUUCAAAAGUGCUAGUAAAGCACACGACACUGUUAUGCAUAAUUUGACAGAGCCAGUGUUACGUAGUCAUCUUAAAUUAGCAGUAAAUUUGUUCCGCCGGAGCUACCAUAUUAAGAGACGUACUUCGGAUGAUGCCAUAUCGAAAGAGAUUGACAAACAACAGGUAUACGGAUUAGUACAACUACGGCCGUCAGAAGGAUUCAUACAUCAAAUCUAUUUGGAUUAUUUCCUCACGCUGUAUAUGCUGACGUACUCGGUGAAUGAGAAACUAUUCAAACUUUUUAUGAAGCGAAUUUUUUGUAAGUCUCGGAAAGACUUAGCGAUUCGAUUUCUAGACUAUCACAUUGGAUGCAUAGCGCCGGAUAAAGCACUCGAAAGUGACGAGCAUGAUUCGGGUCAUCCCAGCGAACGAGAACAGUUUGAAGUUCCCUCAACGGUGAGAAUUCAUCCAGACAAAAUCUGGGAGUUAAACUUCUUUCUUCGAACGUACUGCACCGGCAGCGAGAUAUUUACUUUCAUUCGGAAUAGCUUGAAUGCAUCCGUAUUCAACGUAUUCGAAGUGAUGUACGAUAGCUUACCAGAAAGUAUGAAAACAAAGCUGGAGUUCUGCUUCGGAGCGCAACCGGAAAACUAUUUCAUAAAUCUAAAACCAUGCGGAGAAAAUCACAUUUUGCAAUUGUUGACGAUUUUGCGGAAGAAAAAUCCGGAUAAUUUUGUUCGUCGGUACCUGGUCAAUUUUGGCGACGAGGAUGAAGAUUUUCUCGCGAUUGCCUGUCGGAAACCAUUUAUGGAAGUUCUGAAGAUGUUUAUUGAGUUAAAAGCAAAUAUUAACGAAGAUGAAUAUCAUUCUUUGAAAGACUAUGUUUUCCGGCGUAUCAUCCGGUAUUUGGAACUAGUUGUUCAACACAACAAUAGCCAGCUGUUGAAGUUCGUCAUUGACUGGGUGAUGAAAACGAAGUCCAAGGAAGGUAGCAAAAGCAUUUUAAAUGAAAAAGAUAUACUAUUGGAAUUUGUUAAAAAUGUUCAAGUAAAGGUAGAAACUAAAGACUUUUUAGAACACAACAGAAUCGAAAUGAUUGAAAGCUUUCACAGUCUGUACAAAUGGUCCUACGAUGAUAGCUACGUACUCAGCGAUGGAUGUAUUGAUAAAAUCAGAAAUAUAUCAAAUAGAGGAAUCCUGGAUGCAUUUAGCAAAACUUUCCUUACAGUAUAACUGCCACAAAUGUGCCUUAAAACUAGUUAUAAAAUAUACCUCUAUAUAUAAUGGUAAGACAUGCCAUACAAAAUAAUAUUUAUAAAACUAUUGAGAGAUCUUGAAAUAUAAGUAUUGUUAUAUAAAAAAAUUGUUAUAUAAAAAAAAUCACCCCGAUUCUGCAAUCCGACGGAUUUGUGAUACGAACGAAUCUACACUUUCGUUCGAGUUCGAAUUUUGCAUUCUUUAUACCGUUCGACUUGUAUGAUUCGAUCGACUCUCGAACACUUGAAAUUUCGAACACUAACCAUCAAAGCUGUCAACACUACUCACACGUUCUUUUUCUUUUUAUAUUAUUCAUUUCUUAGUAAACGAAACCGUCACACUUUUUAGUAAACGAAAUCGUCACACGUCAAACAAAUUAGAACGAUUUUAAAACGAACGUAAGUAAUAUGUACGCAAGUCGAUCGAGAAAUGUUCGAAAAUUUAACAACUCGAACGAAUGAUAUUCGAGUGCAUACCCAACUCGAAUAGAAUGCAGAACGGAAACGUGUCGAUCAUUCAACGUUUGUUCAAUUGUAUUCGAUUUUCAUUUGCCCCGCAGCACAGUAAAAAACUUAUUUUCAAAAUAUUUAGCCAGCCAGCUUUCCUCAUGAAUUGAGGGUUUAAUUAUAUGUUAGAUAUUUACAGAAGAUAGUAUGAUAGAUUAGUUUACGAUA